UUAGCUCUUCGUCUCUCCCCCACAGAAGCUCCAGGGCAGAACUUUGUGACUCUGGACUAUCGCCUGCGCUACUACCCCAGCAUUACGUACGCCGUCAUUGGCAGCGCCGUCAUCUUCGUCCUGGUGGUGGCGUUGCUCGCCCUGGUGCUUCAUCACCAGAGGAAGCGAAGCGUCCUGCUGCCCAGAGGCGUGAGGGGGAGCUCGUACCACCACCACCAGCCCCUGCUGCUGUCCCGUCUGGUCAUUUUGGAGCGGGGCCACGUCCAUCCCGGGGGUGCAGGCCUCUCCCCCGGCUCCCCCACCGCAGCGGGCCAGUACAGCUCAACUCCUCAGGCACUACAUCUGCUGUCUGGGACCCUUUAUCCCUCCGGACUGUCCAUGGACUCACCUCCAUCAUACUCACAAGCUGUUCUGGAUGUCAGUCGGCCUCCCUGGUUUGAUCUUCCUCCUCCUCCGUACCUCUCAGAAGGAGAGCUUCCAUCGGAGGGCGAGCUGCCUCAAUACGAGGGCCCACAGGACCCUUUGAGCCUCCCCACAACGCAUCUCUCUGCACCCUCAACACCCAGAACUGUGGCCUCAGGCACGCAGCCCACUUCCAGCUCCAGAGGGGAGUCGGAGCAGCCGUAGCCUCUCUGUUGGUAGAACUAGUCAGAACUCAGAGACUGCAGGACUGACGGAGCAGGCUGCAGGGCCACGAGGCCAGGACAGUCCAGAGGAAAGGCUUGCGAUGGAGAAUCCACAGGGACUGAGAGACUAAAUGAUGCCCUAAACUCUUGGGCUGAUUGAAGCACUGGACUGAGAUGAGCUUAUCCUGCGAGACCAAUGUUGUAUGCUGGCUCCCCCUACUGAGGUCAGGGCUGCACUACACCCUCAUCUGUUAGACGUUCAUUCAUUUCUCUACAGUUGCCUUCAGUUGACGUGCACUCCCCUUGGAAAUAUACUCUGUAUGAUACAUUACAGUUACCAUAGCCUGCAUCUCUAAAGAGUUAAACUUACACUUAUUAUGAAGAUAUUCAUUAAACUAUCACAUAGGAUAAUAACUGAAAAGGUGGUUGUUUUUUAUAGUGUAGUUUAUGGAGUGGUGUUAUUCUCCAGUUUAACUCACUUGGAAAGCACUUACAGCGCCAUGCAUCAUUUUGCAAUACUCCUUACCAUACUUCACAUUUUACAUCCACAAUGUUUUCCAUAGUGGGCUUCAUAAGAGAUUUGUAUUGUGUUAAAGUGGACCUAUUAUGCUAUAUAGGAAAAAAUAUAUUGUAGGGCCAUACCUAUACAAAA